CCGGGCAGAGGCCGUUUGCACGCGCUCCCUCCCCCUGCGCGGCUGCCCGGCCCCGCCGUUUGCGCACGGGCCGCCGCUGCGCCGGGCGCGCGCGCGCCCCGGCUCGUUCGUACGCUCGCGGCCGCGCCGGGCAGUUUGUCGACGCUCCCUGCGCCCGCCCGCUCGCCCGCCUCCAGGUGGUCCGGCCCCCGCGGCGGGCGCGGCGGCCGCCCCUCAGCCCGCGCCGGCCUCCGCCGAGGGACCAUGGGCGAUGCGCUCCUCCCGGCGCGGGGCGCGGCGCACAGGCGGCGCCGGAGGAGGAUGGAACUGAAAUGCGGUUAUACGCUGACUAAAGAGUCAGAAUAAGACUGAGUCCUGCUCUCUGACCUUUCUAUACCUGGACCAUGAACUUGCUCUUUGGCUUCAUGCUUUAGAAACCUUUGUAGUAACUCCGUGAAGCUGUUGGAAAUCAUGGCUUUCUCUCCAUGGAAGCUGUCCUCCCAGAAACUCGGCUUUUUUUUGGUGACUUUUGGUUUCAUUUGGGGAAUGAUGCUUCUGCAUUUUACUAUUCAGCAGCAAACACAACAUGAAAGCAGUUCAGUCCUGCGUGAACAAAUUUUGGAUCUCAGCAAAAGAUACAUCAAAGCAUUAGCUGAAGAAAAUAGAAAUGUUGUAGAUGGGCCUUAUGUUGGGACAGUGACAGCAUACGAUCUGAAGAAAACACUUGCUGUCUUAUUGGAUAAUAUCUUGCAGCGCAUUGGGAAGCUAGAGUCAAAGGUAGAAAAUCUUGUACUUAAUGGAACAGCAGCAAACUCUACCAACAAUACUACCACUCCUGCUCCCAGCCUAGGAGCAGUUGAAAAGCUUAAUGUAGCAGAUCUUAUAAAUGGAGCCCAAGAACAGUGCGAAUUGCCUCCUAUGGAUGGUUUUCCUCACUGUGAAGGGAAAAUAAAGUGGAUGAAAGAUAUGUGGCGAUCAGAUCCCUGUUAUGCAAGUUACGGUGUAGAUGGGUCCACGUGCUCCUUUUUUAUUUACCUCAGUGAGGUUGAAAAUUGGUGUCCUCGUUUACCUUGGAGAGCAAAAAAUCCUAAUGAAGAAGCUGAUCAAAAAACAAUGGCUGAAAUUCGUAUAAACUUCGAUUAUCUCUACAAAAUGAUGUCAAGGCAUGAGGAAUUCAGGUGGAUGAUGUUACGCAUCAGACGGAUGGCUGAUGCCUGGAUUGAAUCAAUUAAAUCACUUGCAGAAAAACAAAAUUUAGAGAAGAGAAAACGAAAAAAGAUUCUUGUUCAUUUGGGACUUUUGACAAAAGAAUCUGGGUUCAAGAUUGCAGAGAAUGCAUUUAGUGGUGGCCCACUUGGUGAACUGGUCCAGUGGAGUGAUUUAAUUACAUCUCUCUACUUACUGGGACAUGACAUCAGGAUUUCAGCUUCCCUGGCAGAGCUCAAGGAAAUUAUGAAGAAGGUUGUAGGUAACAGAUCUGGCUGCCCUACCCAGGGGGAUAAAGUCGUAGAACUCAUUUACAUUGAUAUCGUGGGACUUACCCAGUUUAAGAAAACUCUUGGCCCAUCAUGGGUACAUUACCAGUGCAUGUUAAGAGUUCUGGAUUCCUUUGGAACUGAACCAGAGUUUAACCAUGCCCAUUAUGCCCAAUCUAAAGGCCACAAGACACCAUGGGGAAAAUGGAACCUUAAUCCACAGCAGUUUUAUACAAUGUUCCCUCAUACUCCGGAUAACAGCUUUCUUGGAUUUGUGGUAGAGCAGCAUCUGAAUUCCAGUGACAUUAAACACAUUAAUGACAUCAAAAGGCAGAAUCAGUCUCUAGUUUAUGGCAAAGUGGAUAGCUUCUGGAAGGAUAAGAAGGCUUAUCUGGACAUCAUUCACACCUAUAUGGAAGUCCAUGGAACUGUUCAUGCGACCAGCACUAUUCAUAUGCCCGGCUACGUAAAAAACCAUGGUAUACUCAGUGGGCGUGAUUUGCAGUUUCUACUGAGAGAGACCAAACUGUUUGUUGGUCUCGGAUUCCCGUAUGAAGGGCCUGCUCCUUUAGAGGCUAUUGCUAAUGGCUGUGCUUUUCUAAAUUUAAGAUUCAGCCCACCAAAAAGUAGCAAGAAUACAGAAUUUUUCAAAGGCAAGCCUACACUCCGAGAGCUGACAUCUCAGCAUCCCUAUGCCGAAGUUUACAUUGGGAAGCCUCACGUCUGGACUGUAGACAUCAAUGAUCAUUCGGAAGUCGAGAAAGCAGUGAAAGCCAUUUUGAAUCAAAAGAUUGACCCUUACUUACCCUAUGAAUUUACAUGUGAGGGAAUGCUGCAGAGGAUGAACGCAUUUAUCGAAAGACAGGAUUUCUGUCACGGGCAGGUGAUGUGGCCCCCAUUAAGUGCCCUUCAAGUAAAAAUUGCUGAACCUGGAAAAUCCUGUAAACAAGUUUGUCAGGAAAACCAGCUCAUCUGUGAGCCUUCCUUCUUCCAGCAUCUUAACAAGGACAAAGCUCUGCUUAAGUAUAAUAUUGAAUGUCAUACCGUCGAGUCUGCAAAUGAUAUUGUGGUCCCCUCUUUUGAUGGAAGAAGGAAGCACUGUGUUUUCCAAGGUGACCUCCUGCUGUUCAGCUGUGCCGGAUCCCACCCAACGCACAGAAGGAUCUGCCCCUGCAGAGACUAUAUUAAAGGACAGGUUGCGCUUUGUAAAGACUGCCUAUAGCAGCCGCAGAGCUCCUUUUCAGUUGGGGACAAAAUGUAAGUAGUUUUGAGAGAAGCUACUUAUUACUUCCUGCACUUUUGUCCAGGUUUCUUGCUGCAGGCAGAGCUAUCAUUGCUGGGCAGAAUUACCUACUAAGAGAGGAGGGAUUCAUAAUGAACAGCUAACUCAUUUUUUUUUUUCCCUACGAGAACAUUCACAGUGUAACUCUUCAAAUCCCUUCAUCUGUUUGAGAAGAGAGAUGAGUUUCGUGUUCUACGGCGAUUUGAAGAUGACUGCACAGAAUAGUUGUAGGGAUUUCCCAGACCCACCAAACUUCUCUUAUUGUUUGGGUGAAGCGAGCGUUUUCUAUUUUUUAAUGAGUUAGAACAUCCCCCAUCAUGGUUAGCUAAAGGAUCUCAACUUCAUUCCAGUAGAAAACUGAAAAAAGUGUGUUUGAGGGAGGGGACUACGGGGGGAGGACUAAAAUUCAGUAUAGGUGCACUGUUUUGGGUACUGCUUUAGCUUGAAUGGCUAUGAAGCGGUUUACUUCACAAGCACUUGGACUCAUACGGUAGCUCUAUAUCUUGCUACUGGGUUAUCUGGGCCCAGUUCUUUUCUUUUUCCUUUCCUUUCCUUUUCUUUUUUUUAAACUUUGUAUACAACGAGUAUUGUCUGCAUCACAGCUGCUCUACCAGAGCAGUCUCAACAGAGUAUCCUGAAUGAGCAGAUAGGCAGUUGACAGUGUUUGACACAUCUUGAUAAUUUGACAGCUGACUAGGGUUGUGGCACUUUUCGCUAUGGAAAAGCUACAGAAACAUACUGCCAUUUUCCGAAUGGACUUGUCACAGUUUACUGGACCCAAGUAGAGAGUAAUCCUUGGGAUUUGCCCGUGCUUCUGUUGUAGUCUGUCUACUAGAAAUACUGUGUGAAGCAAAAAGUGUUCAGCAUCGUUGGAGCAAUAUUGUCGUUAGAGCCUCAGUUUGCUACGCCUUCCAGUAGUUAAAGUGUUGCUGAAUGACAUAGAAAGGUUGAACUAAGCUAACUAUAGUUAUUGUAUGGUAGAAAUGUAAAAUGUCUUCGUAACUAGCUAGGUUUUUAAAGACAAAUCUGUUCUGAAGAGCAGUUAAGACAAACCACUGCUCGGAAGAGUAUUGGUGAGCCUUAUGGGGUCUCUGGUGGUUCUUUGUUUUGGGGGCCAGGGUGGUUUUUAACCGGCAUGCCAGUUACUUGUUUAGAAAAAACAGUUCAGGAGUUUGGACCUUGAAACAGCUCUUACUUAGCACAGCAAGUUAGAUCUUCUGAAAUGCCUUCUCUUUUUAUCGGGGUGAUUUGGGUUUUUUUCAGUAUGAGGAGGCAUGCAUGACAGCACCCUUUGUAGUCAGGAAACGAACGGGUGAGAGAGAAAUCUGCAGUGUAUUUCGAAAGCAGAGAAUUUGUAUGUACUGUGAUCAAACUGGAAGAAAACUCAAAUUGGCAUGAAGGGUUUUUUCAUGACAAUUAAAGAAAGUUGCUAGGUAUUUUGACUAAUGAAAAACACAAACUUUAAAUUUUUUUUUCUUGGAUAUAUCUGAUUGGUUCAUGUUUUUCUCAUAACCGGCAUUCAUUACCUGUGUGUGCGUAUUGCUGCAUCUCGUGACCAACAAAAACCAAACAAGCGAAAUGCUACUGAAUUCUGGAUCAAUCCUCAAGACAAGAUAAAAGAAAAGUAGAAAUUUAAAAUUUCAAUUUAAAAGCAAUGAAUUUGCUUUUUCAAGUUUGCUUGUUUCCUGCCUCACCGUUCCUGAUGGUGUUAUACUGUAACAGCCCCAACAGUCCGGGGAGCUGCACAGAAACUUCCUCCUGAAAGAUUUUUUUCAGCAUCCAAAAAGAAUAUAUAGGAACAUUGAACAGCAGGGUUGUCACCAGUGACCAGGUUGUGAUAAGAAUAAAAUCUGCUGUAUUUUAAGAGUAAUUUUCCAAAAACAGAACAGUUGGGUUAUUUAGUGGGAAGCGAACUUUCUGUGCAACAAGAAAACAAACACCGGCUAGUACGAUGCCCUUGCUGUCAGCAUAUCUAGGCAUUUUCUUCAGUCAGCACAAAUGCAGUUUGUAAUAGUUUUAAUAUCCAGGAGGAGCUGGGGGAGGAGGCUUGGAAAUGGAGGUGAGCAGGCACAACAGUUCAUUUUUUAUUUAUUUAAAGUGUUUCCCACCUACUUGUGCAUAUUUGUGCAACUGGAAAAUCCUGUGUUUUAAAGAAAGUAUUUACACUUCUGCCUGGUGCUGGAAGUAAAGGCAACAACAGAACUUAUCUUUGACAAUUCAGCCUGAGGCUCUUCAGGCAGGAAUUUAAUAAUUUAGAAUGAGAUAUUACAGAAUUGCAUUGGCAACAAAGAUUUGUGUGUGUGCACUUAAAGAAUGCAAAACACGUAGUUUUUGCUGUAGUGUAAUCCUUCGCUGUAAAUAGAUACUUGCUUGUUAGCUACCACUACUAUAUGGACCACCUGGCAUAUACUGCCUUUUGUUUUGCCUCUAAAACUUUAAAGAUGGGAGGGGGGUGAUAUUUGUUAUUUUAACAUUUUAUGGUCUAGCGCUUUGCUCAAUGGUAAGUCUGCCUUUACGACAGCGGGGAGAGUCUAUUAUAAGCUCUGUUUCUUUUCAUGCUGCAGCAUUGUUUCUUUUUAGUCUACUGAACUGAAUUACUGCACACUGGCAAAGGUGAAGCAACGAGCACCAACUCCACUUGCAUUUCAGCCAGGGACAGAGCAUGUAAAUUGGCUUCCAAAUCGGUUGGGUCUGAUCCUAUUUCAACUGAAAUCUAUAGGAAAUGAGUCAUUAACCUUAAAGAAAAAGGAUCAAACCCUGUGACUUCAUCGUCUUGUGUUAUUAAUUUUGAACUUAGUAGCUUGGCUCUCCUUGCAGAAGGAAUAAUACUUUUUAUGAAAUAUAGCUUCAGCCUAAAUUUCUGUAAAAGGAAAAUAUCAUAUGAGACCUGUAAGUGGGUCAACAUUGUAAACGUUACUCAUUGCCUCGGAGAGAGCACCCCGCCCCCAUCCUAAAGCAGUAAUUUUUCGUGCAUUUAUGAACGAGUGAAUCCUUCCACAGAUAAACAUUCAGGCAAAUCUGUGUGGGCUAUUUAAAAGUUUGAAUGAUUUACUACAACCUGUAUUAUAUCCACAUUUCAGGAUAGAGAUUAGCCUUCUGUCCAAGUUCCGUAACUAUUUUCCUUCCUAAUUAAAGCAUAAUCAUGUAGUCCAAAUAUUGCACUUAAACAAGGAUAUUAGAGAUGGGACUGUGUUACUGUAUGUUUUUUUCAGUCUAACAGUAUAGCUUGCAGCUUCAGAAUUCAGGUUUUUGCAAGACUUGCAUUUGAAUACAUUGAUCAGUGAUUACGGGAAAAAAUGGCAAAAGUUGAGCGUAAAAACAUUUUACAAGCUUUUAAACGUAUCUCUCAUAUCAAGACAUUCUUUGUUUUAAAAUUUUGUAUUUUUGUAUGUGACCUAGUUUUUUCAAAAGUCUUGUUCCUACGAGAUUAGAAAACUUGAGAGAAACAUUUACAUAUUUAUUAAAACUAACAUAAAAGGCUUGCCUUUGAAAGGUAAAGUUGGUAAAUACACACUGUUUAAAAAUGCCAAUAAAAACCUCAUUUAUUUCAUAUAUGCAAGUUGAUUUGCACAUGUAUAAAUAGAGUUGCUUUUUGCAUUUUUUGCUUAGUUUCUUUGUUUCUUUUUGUAAUUUAUAGUUGCAGUUGUGUGUUUGCUUGUUAAUAUCAGAUUAAUGUUCCUCCUACAAAUAUUUAAUGUUUAUGUGCCUUUUUCACUUUCUUUUGGUGUGUUGGAUGGGUGUCUGGAAUAUGAACACUGUCUGAACAAGUAUAAUGGAACACUAAUUCCAGGUAAAAAUAACACCUCAUGGCUACCUAUAUUAACAGUGUGAAUUUUGAAUGUUUUUAAAUAGUGGGGAAAUCUGUUCUAAAAAUAUAAGGUGAGGGUUAAGAACAUACAAGAUACUGCAACAUGAAUGAUCCUUGCAAAAGGUCGUUUCUGUAAGCAAAAUGCCCUUUACUGAAUAACUGUAAUUUAACGCAAGGGCUCCGGUUGGGAUGGAGUGUCAGUUUAACGAGCAGAGCAACCCAGGAUAACCCCGCUAUAUUCCACAGGGAGACGUAGCCAGAUCUUGUGUGAUCAGCAGGGAAACGGAAGAUACACAUUAACGUUUGUGAGAUGCUCAGUUUUGCAGAUAGAUGUCUGUGCGUGGAAGUGCGCUGGGCGAUUACUAGAGGAAUACAAUCCUUUUAUGAUAUCUGAAUUGAUGACUCCCAGUGGAGAGGGAAAUCUGGAUAUUCAGCAUAGUGCAGGUUUUUGUUUUUAAUGAUACUACUUUUCUGCAAGAAAACUACUCGGCUUACUACCUGUUGCUCAGGGUUCAGUGGGAGAUGGCACAACGGUGUUGUGCAGGGAGCCAGGAUCCUCCGCGGUGCCCGUUGAGCUCCCCCCGACCACGAGUAUCCAACUUUGAAAGUUGCUUAUUGCCAAGCUUGCAGAGCUGCGAAAGUUGCUGUUGACUUCAGCUGCAAAUCAGGUUGUUAGGCAAUGUCUUUUUUCCUCACAUAAUCAUGCUGUUUUGCUACUAUCCUUCAGAAUCCUACUCAGCGUCCUUAGUUUAUCCUUGAUAUUAAAGACAUGCCCUCCCCUUUCAAAAAUGACUGGCUCCUCUAAAUUAGAAGGAUGAUUUACAAGCUUGCAGCACUUUUUCUUUUAACAUAAACAAAAUCCAAAUUGCUUUCUCAGGUACAUAUUUUGCUCAAAGUACAUUUCAGGACCAGAUUUUGCUCCUAGUAAAAUAAAUUAAAUGGGAUGAAUCAGGCUGGGAACAAUCCCAUCCAAGUCUAAUUAACUUCAUGACUCCCACUGGCUUCCGUGAUGAUAGAGCUCCUGCAUUAAUUUUUGUUGAAAUUUAAAAAAGCAGCUCUCCCUUUUUAAUAAAUAUAAAGCACUGUAUCUUGCAGGAUAAAGACCAAACACUCACAGGUUAUAUUGAGCACAUACCAGUAACCAGGUUUGCUUGCUGCUAUAGCAUGUCAUCACUCACUGAACUGAUGUAACUUACUAUAAAAGUGUCAGCUGAAAUCUUGAAUAAAUAUGUCUGCUCUGAACUUUUUUUUUUAAGAGAGUAUUAGUUAUCACUUCCCAAUUUCAGUCUUUUUUUUUUUUUUUUUUUUUUUUUUUUUUUUAAAGGGGUGCUAACUUUUCUGGCAUGGCUGUUUUGUUGUGAUGUUUGCCCUACCGCUGCUAUGCCUUCAACUUUUGACUUGUUAUCUGUUUUCAUUUGUAGUUCUCCUUUGGCCCUGUCAUUUUAGGGACCACUGUAAAGUCAAGGAGAAUAAUGCACUGACAGAUGUAUGCUUUCAUUCAGGCUAAAAAGGCCGGGGACAGAUACAGUUUCAUUUAGACAUGCUUUAAUAAUAUUGCUGUAAAUGUAACAUGGAAAUGUCGUUUUAUGGGCAGUGACUUAAAUCUUGUCUUCAUAUUUUUAAGCAGUAUAUAGUUUUUUAAGUUAGUUUGUAAUUUCUGAAUAUUAUAUAUAAACAGAAUGUGUAAACAGCAAGCUCCAUGUAUCAAGUGUGAAAUGUUUACUAUAGGAAUGUGGUGAAAAUACCAGCGGCUGAACCCCAGGAUGCCUCCGAUCUGAGGUAUCGCUCUUGCUUCCAGAGCAAAAGAACCUGACAAACUGCAACCAUUGCCAAUGCAUCUUUUAAAAAAUGCCUUGCUUUUAGUUUAAUCCUUUACAUAGUCAUACAGUUAAGAACGGUAGUAUGUUUUAAUUCAAUAGGACUCUCAACAGCAUGAAGCCACCUGUUUGUUAAAUGGAUAAAUAAAGGCAGGUCCUCAAAGUUUUGGUGAUGGGUAAUAAAACUCCACCUUCCACACACAGAAACUGCUUUUAAAAAAACUCAAUUGUAGUAAAGUCAUGGCCUUCUCUGCUGUCUGCUGGGGAGAUCAGUACAGAUGUCUUGCACCGAAACUCUGUGUCCAUUUUAUUAAGGCACGUUAUUUGUGGGAAUGCAGUUUGUCGCGUUGCCUAUGCGCUUGCAGAACUGAAGCGCCGUGGACCCUGCUGUCUUCAGGUUUCACACUAACAAUAAUGCGCUGCUGGGUCUCUGCAAUAGGCAAGUGCAUCUGUACCACACUGUCAGCCUUGUUUAAAAAAACAGAAUAAAAUAAAAAAUACUAGCCCUAAGUCAGGGCUGAUCCACUCAUGCCUGGUCACACCGUAAAGGCAGAGUCCUGCAGGAGCUGGCCCAGCCCUUGGCUUUAAGGCGAGCGUGUAAAUAGCCCCAUUGCAUUUACUGGAGCACUUGGCAAAGUGCUUGCUAUGCUUCUUGGCUCCGAUUCCAGCAGUUUCAAGUAUUUUGAAAUAUCAAAUAGAUGCAAAAUAAAUCAAGCUAAAUUGUUGUCUGAAGGCAGUUAAUUUUAAUAGGGUCGUACCCUUAACUAAUCUGUUACGUUCAUUAGCAAGUCUGUUGCAAUGCAGCAACAGUGAAGAAUAUUUUUAAGAAGUCACAAUUCAUUUUGUUUUCCCAAAGGAAUAAAGGAAUACAGCAGAGGAGGAGGAAAUGGCAGUUUUUUACCACAGGAAAAAAAGAGUAAUUUCUGUAAGAACAGGAAAGUUGCCCUGAAGAUUCCAAGAGAACUAGAAGACUAAAAAUAGAGGAAUAUUCACUAGGCCAGUUUGAGCUAGAGGAUUUUUUAUCUCCCCAAGCUUGCUUGGUUGCCCAUGCAGGGGAGGUCCUCCAGAGGGCAAUUUAAUGUAGGUUUCUGGUCUGAACCAUUCCCUAGAGGAGCCUCUCCCUCCAUGGGCAAGAGGGAUCAAACUCUGUGAAUACUCCCUGUAACUGUAAAUUUGGGGGCGGGGGGAAAGAGGGUUUAAAAAAUUGCCUCUUUUUGCAGAUUAAAAUUUGAACUCAAUAGGAGGUUUUAUAUGUACGUGAGAACUUCAGGGUCAGGCUCGGACUGUAUGUGUUUGGUUUGAAAUCUCUCCUGAAGUUUGAGUCUUUGUUUUAUUUAAAUGGUUGUGUUCCACUAUAUUAAGUUCAAGCAGUUUGAUUCAGAAAGAACAGAACACAGUGGUUCAUACAUCGUCAAGUUACUGGGGUUCAACAGAAUGGGGGUUGAUUUUUUUUUGUUUUGUUUUUUUUAGAAAAGUAAAUGUCUGUACUUUAAUGGCAUAGAACAAUGCUUUGUUUUCACUGUUGUAGAAAAAACUAGGGAGAACUUUAUUUUUCAAUAAACUUUUUUCUUGUGUGAUUUGGA